AUGCUGGGACUAAGGGCGAUAUUUUCUUGGUUUACCUUAUGCUUGGUGGCUAGCAAUGUUGCAGCGGUCACUAUUGAUAACUUGUUCAACCUCCCAACCACCUCGACAGAUUAUGGGACCUGCAAUAACAACCUAACAAGGUUGAACGCAUAUUCUUCGGACUUCACAACACUCUGUACCCAACUGGACAAUGCAGUUCAACUGGCUAAAACACCAGGGCAGACGCAAGCGAAAUUGGUCGCACGUCAGCUCUUCACUGCCUGGUUUGGCAUUCGAUUCAACACCGAUGGAACCGUCCAGACUGCAAGUGAGACUGCGUGGACCGUUGUACAAGUCUCGUUCGAUGGAGAUUACCAGGCUCCCACCUCUCCUGCAAACCUAUUUUGUAAUGACUUUGGAGACAUAUACCCUUGGAACUCUUUCAUCAAGGAUUCUCAAGGGAACCAAAUGCAGCCAGGUAUCACCGUCGCGUAUUUCUAUAGUGACUGGGUUCCAAAUUUACCAGGCGUCCAGUUACCAUACUAUGUUGAUCCAAUCAACAAGUAUUAUAUGAUGCCGUCUUCAGCAUUUAUUGGGUAA